AUGGCGCCGCCAACACUCCCGCGGUCUGUUCACGCCCACCACCCGCCUACCACUCUCCGCCUGGAACCUCUGACACCAUCGUCCUUCUCCCGCUUUGGGAUGGCCAUAUGCUCUCCGCUGCCACCAUCUCUGGCUGAAGUCCCCGCUGUCGUCCCCCGGCCGCUGCACGCACCGCAUCAGCCGACCCCGGGGUUUGCGAACCAGAACUCCGCGCUGAAGACCUCUCCCAUCUCGCCGUUCAUCAACGCCUACCCCUCAGGGACAGGACACGUGCUCGCGAAACCUCAGAUGAGCUUGUUCUCGUGCUUUCCCCGGAACAAAAGUGGGGUCGGCAUCGACAGAUCCAUCUCGAACACGGCGGUGUUUCAAGUCUCCAUCCUGGAGCGCCAUCCCUACACAUCCCAGACGUUUAGUCCUCUCGGCUUGUCGGCCUCGGACGAGUCGACCGUCUUCCUCGUUAUUGUUGCUCCGUCCCUUGCUUCGUCCGCUACCGCAAAGUUGGCGUCGGGUGAGUCCAUUGAGAUUCCCCAUCCGCCCGACCUGUCGCGUCUCAAGGCAUUUGUGGCACGAGGCGAUCAAGCCGUUACCUAUGGGCCAGGCACGUGGCAUGCACCGAUGGUGGUGAUAGGGCGGCGCCGGGUCGAUUUCGUCGUGACUCAGUUCGCUAAUGGAGUGCCCGAGGAUGACUGUCAAGAGGUCCUCCUGGGGGAUAACGCCGUUGGCGUGGACUUGGAGGUACUUGGGCUGAACCUGAACGUCGUGGGAUCGAAGUUGUGA